CUUCAUCAGGCGGGAACUGGGGUCUUGUAGGAACGACGAGAAGGUCGUGUCUUAGUCAUAAUUAAGAAGUUUAUAGCAUUUUUAAAACAUAUUUUAUAAAGAUAUGUCUUGUCGAAGAGGUUCUUUAAUCGUGCUAGAGGGUGUGGACAAGGCUGGAAAAACCACGCAGUGUAAGAAGCUUGUUCAUGCUCUGCAACAGAGUGGGAGACCCGCCGAGAUGAUGAGAUUCCCUGACAGAACAACACAGAUUGGGCAGCUGAUCAGUUCAUACCUGGAGAAAAAGAACAACCUGGAGGACCACACUGUACACCUGCUCUUUUCUGCAAACCGCUGGGAGCUGGUGCCUCAGAUGAAGAAAAAGCUGGAGCAGGGAAUCACCCUAGUUGUGGAUCGCUAUGCUUUUUCUGGAGUGGCGUUCACUAGUGCCAAACCUGACUUCUCUUUGGAGUGGUGUAAGAAUCCUGAUGUGGGUCUGCCAAAGCCAGACCUUGUGAUGUUUCUGCAGCUGAACCCCAGUGUGGCAGCCGGACGUGGAGAGUUUGGAACAGAGCGAUACGAGACCAGCUCUUUUCAGCGUUCAGUGCAGCAGAGAUUUGAACAACUCAUGAAGGAUCCAUCAGUUAACUGGAAGGUGAUUGAUGCAGCCAGAAGCAUAGAAGUAGUACACAGUGAAAUUAAAGUGCUGUGCGAGAACAUAAUCAAUACAGCUGAGAAUCUACCAAUUGGAGAACUAUGGAAAUGAACAGUAAGGAGAAUUCGUGGCUAACCGUGGAUAUAACCUCAUUUUUAAUCACCUGUAUACUGUGUACAGACAUUGCCUGGAAGUAACACUACUUCUUAAAUUCUCCUUUUUAUUAAAUGAAUAUUUUGUGAUUUUAUGUACACUCACUAUCCACUUAACACGUGUACAUCUGCACAACCAUUCGGUUAUCUAGCCAUUCAGUUGUGUGCCAUCAGAACAACGCAUAAAAUCAUGCAAAUACUUGUCAAGAGCUUCAGUAAGACAUCACAGUAGAGAGUAAUUAAAUUACUAUGGACUUUCUGUCAGUUUUUUUUUUUCUUUCUUUUUCAGACCGCCACUUAUUUAUUUAUUUUUUUUGCACCAUUCUGGCUCAAGUCUUUAGAGAUUGCUGUAUGUGAAAUUACCCAAAAAUCAGCAGGGGAAAAAAAAAACUCAGACCAGUCAUUCUGGUAUGAACAUUAACUGAGGCUUUUGACUUUUAUCUGCAUAAUUUUUGUAUUGUUGCUGCUGCUGCUACAUGAUUGGCUGAUUAAAUCGACAACUGCAUACAUGUGUAGGUGUACAGGUGUUCCUAAUAAAGUGGACAGUGUGUAUAAUGUUUAUUUUUAUUUUUGCUUUUGUACAAUUGAUUAAAUAAAUAAUCUUAAAAUAA